AUGUUUGGACAAUAGAAGAAAAUGUUAAAAAGAAUGAGUAAUUAUACUAUUGAUACUUGUGAUAUCUUUGGAUAAUUGCCCAAUUUUAGAGUACUUGAAAAAGGAAGAUAUACUUCUGUUGUAGGAUGUUGCAUGACCUUUCUUAUAGGUUCAGCCACUUUGAUUUACUUGAUAACCGAAAUGAUUAUCUUAAUUGAUCAAGCAGAACCUAGUGUUGUGUAAUCAGAGCAACAAAUAUUUAACUCAACUGUAUAAUCUAUAUUUUAAUAAAGUAAUUUCCACUCUAUAAUGAUAACUUCACUCUAGCUAUAACAAUUGCAAAUUAACAUUCAGAGCCAAUUGUAGGAAAUUUGAAGUAUUAUAAUAUAACUGUGAAUUAAUGUAUUAGACAAAGACUUGUCAAUUAUAUUAAUGGAAGUGUUAAUGUCACAUUAAAGUAUUUAAUUAUAUUAUUUAGUUGUACAAGUCUUCCAAUUGCUCCAUGUACAAAAGAAGAUUUCGAUAAUGAAAUACAAUAAAACUUUUUCAAGAAUACUAGAUUAGGAGUCGUUUAAUGCUUAAAUAGAGAAUUUUUAAAGAGAAAUCCACCAGUAAAUUUACUAUAAAAUUUGACAGGUUCUACAAGGAUAGAUAUCUGGAUCAGUAUACUAAUACUUGGUGAUUCAAUUAAGUGUUUGUAAGAAUAGCACAGAAUAUUAAGGUUGUGCAUCAAAAGAAGAAAUUAAUAAUGUUUUAUCUGCAGGUCAUUAUUCAGUAUAUGCCAGUGAUUAUUUAAUGUAAUUGAAUAAACCUGGACAACCCUAUUCUUAAUUGAUUAAUUUAGAUAUAAAUAGUUUUUCAAUAACAACUUCUAAGAUGUUAUAAUGGACUUAUAGAAUUGUUGAAACUCAUACAGAUGAUGGUCUACUUCUCUCAAAAGAUAGAGUAGAUUUAAAUUUAGUUAAAUAAGAUAGAAGAGAAUAUUCUGAAUUGUAUAAUGAUAAUUAUUUAGUCUAUCAUUACAUAUAAUUAGAUUAUAAAGAAAGUGUAUAUCGUAGAACGUAUAUAAAAUUAUAGACCAUAUUAAGUAAAAUAGGAGGUAUUUGGCAAUUAUUUGUAAUAUUGACAGCCACAAUCUUAAAUCCUUUGAUUAACAAUCUCAUGACUAUAUCAAUAGCUAAUGAAUUAUAUAGAUUUCCAAAGAAUCCAAAUUCUAUAGAUAAGAAUUAAAAUAUUCAUAUUAAUAAUCAUAUAGUUGAUCCAUUAUCUACUAUAAGAUAAGAUUAAAUACCAACACAAGAAGAAAAACUAUCAAAAAGUCUUUAUGAAUCUUUCCUUAUUUUACUUGGAUGUCAUAAAAAUAAAAGACAUAUGUUUGAUAAAGUCAAAUAAGAAAUCUUGGGUUAAAUAGAUAUUGUGAAAAUUAUAGAGAAAUUACACUAAAUUGAUAUGCUUAGAUUUAUUCUCUUAAAUGAAGAAUAAAAUAAAUUAUUUGAUUUAUUACCUAAACCUCUUUUGUAAAUUGAAUAAGAUUAACCUGAAGAUCUUAUUGUUGAUGAUUUAAUCUAAGAAAUAGAAUUACAAAAGAGUUUUAGAGUGAUAAACAAUAAAAAACUACAGACUAAACUUAAAGAUUAUUAUUGUUCAUUCUCUUCCUUAUAAUAAGAGAAAUGUAAAAGUAUUGUAGAUGAUAAAUUAUUGCAUAUGAUUGACAAGAAUAUUGUUCAAUUUUUUGAGUAGAUCUAAAUCUCUCAAUAAAGGAAUCUUAAUUUAAGUCCACUUGAUCCUCUCUAUAGAUCUAGAAUUGAAGAAUCUAUUAUUGAACCUAAAAUUCAAAAACCAAAGUGA